GCGUGGUCAGACGCGAGAGCAGUGUCAAACCACCGGCGUUAACGGCAUCACAGCAUCUGUUCUGUCAAAACAUUAACAAGUCUCGAAACGCUGUUUUAUUCAUCGACUCGUCAUGGCAGUGGAGUUGCUCUCAGGAAAGACUUUCCUCCUAAUCACCGGCGCUAGUCAGGGCAUCGGCAGGCAGAUCGCCGUCACAGUAUCACGAUUAUUGGAAAAGGGCUCGAAACUGUUGCUCCUGGCGAGAAGUGAAAAUGGACUCAAGGAUACGGCGGAUCAGGUUUCCAAGGAAGUCUUCGUCGACUUCAAGAGCGUUGAUCUGUCAGUUGCCACUGCUGACCAGCUGUCAGAGAUAAUCCGGAAGUCCAUCGAUCCAUCGCAAUUCGAUCGUGUGAUGGCUGUCCACAAUGUCGGAUCGGUCGGUGAACUCUCGAAAUUCACAGCUGACAUGACCGAUUUUGACGAGUGGCGGAAGUAUUACGAUUUGAAUGUCUUCUCACCAGCUGUCCUCAACUCGGUUGUCAUGAACUUAUUCGGAGACAAUGAAGGAGUUAAAAAAGUGGUUGUCAAUGUUACGUCGAUCUGCAGCAUUCGCCCGAUGAAGUCGAUGGGAUAUUACUGCAGCGGAAAGGCUGCGAGGGAGAUGUACUUCAAGGUUUUCGCGGAGGAGAAUCCGAACGUCCACGUCCUGAGUUAUUCCCCGGGGCCCGUGGAGACGAAUAUGCUCAAAACUGUCGCUGAAUCGGCCGGCGAUGAGGAACUCCGAACGUCGUUUAUUGAUAUGAGAAAUCAGAAUAAGCAAUUGACAACUGAACAGACUGUCAAUCGUUUCGUUGAGAUUCUGCGGGGGCAGAAGUACAAAUCAGGAGCCCACGUUGACUAUUAUGAUGAUAUUUGAGAGCUCCAAUGCAUCGAGUUCUUCACACGAAAUUUUGAUUUUAAUUUUGUGUUGACAAUAAAUAAAGCUAGAGGUAAUCUAUUGA